AUGGUACCUCUCUCGACGCCGCUCCCGUGCGCGACGAGGGAAGGAAUGAACGACGACGACGACGAUCUCGGGGGCGAGGCGUCAGACGAAAUUUUUGCUCGCCGGGGCGCCCGUCUGGCACUUGGCACGCCGCCUCGCUGUCGAAAAAAAACGCGCGAAACGGCCGCCGAGACGACCGCGAUUAUCUUGGCACGGUUGCCAACAUUCGUCCAAGCGCACGGCGCGCGCGCGCGCAGCGACCGCGCGCGUCCCGUCGCCAUGUCCCCCCCGCCCCCGCCCACGAAGCGCCGACGAUCGGGAGGAGGAGAGAGGCUGACCCUCCCCGCGGACCUCGCCGCGGAGCUCGGCGUCGAGUGGGUGUACGAGGACGAGCUCGAGGCGCGACUCGCGAUCGCGGCCGAGGCGAGAUCCGUGGACGCGCUCUUAUCGCGCGACCUCCGCGACGUCUUCGUCUCGGGCGUGCUCGCGCGCCUCGACGCCGCGGAUCUCGCCUCGUUCUCGCUCGCGUCGCGCGGAUGUCGCGCGCUCGCCGACGAAACGCGCGCGCGCGACGCGGCGCCGCCAGAUCGCGCGAGUCAUCACGAGGCGUUUCUCUUCGUCGUCGCGGACUUCGCCAUCUCCCCGGCUCGAAUGAAGCUCGCGGCCGCGCUCGGGUGCCCCGUGCGCGACCCUCGGACGUGCGCGCUCGUCUUACGCGGGGUCUUCGAGCGCGCACCGCGCGCGUUCCCCGUGGACGUCCUCGAGUGGGCGCUGGGAGCGUGCGGGAACGACGCGUGGAUGGCGGCGGUGUCACGACCAGGGAUCGAACGGAGGCCAUGGCUUUGGGACGCCGCCGAGGAGGAGGACGCUAUGCUCGGGAGCGACGACGACGAGUACUUCAGGAUAGAGGACGUGAAGUUCCUGACGCGCGUCGCCGCGCGCGUCGGAAACCUCGGCCUCGUUCGGCGUCUCUUCGACGCGUUUCGGUUAUCCCGACGCCACGAAGAGACCUUCGCGGGCGCCGCGGAGGGCGGUCACGUCUUCAUCAUCGAACAUCUCCUCACCGAGCGCGACGCGUUCAUCCCCGUGGACCGCGUGUUCGAGCUCGCCGCGGGGCGCGGACGCGUGGAGUUGCUGCGGUUCCUGCUCGACAACGGGAUGCGUCCGGAGACGCCGCGAAGUCGCGCGCGGUGCGCGCGCGCCGCCGCCGACGCGGGCGAGAUCGACUGCGUCGAAUGGCUCUUCGCGAACGGAUUCGAGAUGGACGAGGCGACGAAAGAUACGAUGCGCGCGAUCGGGAACUCUAUCGCGCAGACGGGGAGGCCCCCUCUCGCGCCCGACGACAUCGAAGACAUCGCGCAUCGACGCCACGAGGCGUGGCUCGCGGAAGGGAGACCGAUACCGAUUCGUUCCGGCGGCGGCGGCGCGCCGGCGAACGCUCAGCCGUGGCGCGACGAGAGAGGACCGCGGGGGUGGCAGCUCUCUUCCGGGGAGGGCGGCGUCGCGCGAGAUAUCGACGACUACGAUUUCGGCUUGGACUUUGAGACGACGAAGGACGUCGUCGUCGAUGAGGGCCCGCCGGCCGGGUUCGAGGCGCCUCCCGAGCCCUUUAGCGACGUCGACAGCGACAGCGACGGCGACGACCCGGAGUUUCCUCCGGGGUUCGAGCCAAAGGCGGCGGUCGAGAGUGGAGGAGGACCUUUAGAUCCGAGGCUGCUGCGACCGAAGAAGGGAUGCUCGGCAUCAGGUCCUCUCGACGUCGAACCGGCACCGGCCGACGCGGGGGGGGCGCGAAGCGAUCGACGCGAAGCCGUCGAGGACAUGACCGACGAUCAGGUCCUCGCGUACCUCCGGUCGUUGCAGGAGUGAGCGCGAGCGCGGCGCGUCGUCGUCCACGCGUGUGCAGUACGAUACAGUACGUAUGUACCGUAUGCGCGCGCGCGCUAGUAGGGGCGUGGACGAGCGUUUCGUUCCGUUCGGUGUCGUUCGCAUUCUGUUCUGUUCGUAAACGACGUCCCUCCGCGCGAGCUCGCUCACGU